GACUCAGGUAGAAACAGAACAGAAGCAACAUGGUCAAAACUGUAGUUUGGUCCACUUUUGUGAGACCGCAAUAUAAACCUGCACAUUUCAAUCACUCACCCCUUCCAUUUCUGAAGCUCAGUACACCCAAUUUGAGCUUUCGUGGGACCAACACAGUACAUAAUAAGCGAUCCAAUUGGCCAAAACCUUUGUCACUGCGCUCAAAAUCUGUUCUUGCUGUUGCUGGGGCUGACCCUUUGGAAAUGGCAGAGGAUUGGAACCGCACAGCCCUUCUUGUGAUCGACAUGCAGAAAGAUUUUAUAGAAGAUGGGGGUCCCAUGCUAGUAAAAGGAGGGAAAGACAUUGUCCCAAAUGUUAUUAAGGCUGUCGAUGUUGCUAGGCAGCGUGGAAUUCUCAUAGUUUGGGUAGUACGGGAACAUGAUCCCUUAGGAAGAGAUGUUGAACUCUUUCGUCGGCAUCUAUAUGCAGCAGGGAAAGUUGGUCCAACCUCUAAAGGAAGUGAAGGUGCAGAAUUAGUUGAUGGACUGGUAAUUAAAGAAGGGGAUUAUAAACUUGUGAAAACCAGGUUUAGUGCAUUCUUUGCUACACACCUUCAUUCAGUCCUUCAAGGAGCAGGAAUUAAUAGUCUUGUGGUCACUGGUGUUCAAACUCCUAACUGUAUUAGGCAAACUGUCUAUGAUGCUGUAGCAUUGGACUAUCAACCUGUAACUGUUAUUGUUGAUGCUACAGCAGCAGCCACACCUGAUAUUCAUCUCGCCAAUGUGUUUGACAUGGAAAAUAUUGGAGUUGCAACCCCAACAUUACAAGAAUGGAGCGAACCCAAAGCUUGAUCUAUAUGAACUAUGAAGCAUGCUACUUUUUGCACCCAGUGGUGUACUGGUGUUCAAUUCCAAGACUCAAGAAAGGUUUGAAGUGAAGCAAACGUAUCUAUGUUUACUGCAUAAUAAAAUGAUUUACAUGGCUAAGUUUGUUUAUUUUGGUAUUCACUUCACUUUUGUUGUGACUACUAUGAACUUAUUUUUUCUAGUCCAAUGCACUCCAAUUUAGAAAAACCCCUAGUUGCUAAACUAAGCUCAAAUCUGUUCUUAAAAAUUCUGAUCAUCCAUGCAACCCAACUGCAUUUUCAUUCUUCAAA